AUGCCAUAUGUGAUAUCUCCAAGGUACCAAGCCACCACUGGCCCUCCUGAAAGUCCUUGUUCUGAAGAAGACUGUUUUUCUGGAGAUGGGACUACACCCCUCAUUAAUGUCUAUACUCCUCCUGCCAAUUCCAAAGUCAGCCUCAGUGUUAAUUUAAACACAGAAACACAUUCUGACGCAGUUUUAGUUGCAGAAAUUCCAUAUCCUUACAGCAAAAUGUACAUCCUGGUUCAAUAUAAUAACAGCUUCUUUACUGACAUUCGGAACCUGAAGUCAGAAAAAGAGUCUAUUAAGUUGGAUGGGUUGAAACCCAAUACAAAUUACACAUACUGCGUCGCAUCUAUUCGCAAUUCUCUCAGGUUCAACCACACCUGCAUAGCCUUCUAUACACGCAGCCAUACCAAACAAGAACAUGUGCCUACGCCUUCCACCGCCACUCACUAUAUCAUGACUAUUCUUGGCUGCCUGUUUGGUAUGGUCAUCAUUCUGGGGAUCGUGUAUUACUGCCUGCGCAAAAGGCGCCAAAAAGAGGAAAAGCACAAGAAAGCCGGUAGUAGUAUGAAGAAAACGAUCAUUGAACUGAAAUAUGGUCCCGAAAUGGAGACCCCCAGUAUCAGUCAGCUUUCUCAAGGUCAGAUGAUGGGUCCAGAAACAAUGUCACGCAUCCCCUAUUUGCCGUCAGUGGGGGAAGUGGAGCAAUACAAACUUAUAGAAAGCAGUGAGACACCUAAGGCCACUAAAGGGAACUACAUGGAGGUACGAACUGGUGAACAGUCUGAGAGAAGGGAUUGUGAGUUGUCAAUGCCACCAGAUACACAGAGUUCUGUGGCUGAGAUAUCCACUAUAGCUAAAGAAGUGGACAAAGUUAAUCAGAUCAUUAAUAACUGUAUAGAUGCUUUGAAAUCAGAAACCACUUCAUUCCAAGGGGUGAAGUCUGGAGCUGUGUCUACAGCAGAGCCCCAGCUGGUAUUAAUAUCAGAACAGAUACCCAGCAAACAUGGCUUUCUUUCUCCAGUAUAUAAGGAUAGUUACAGUCACCCGUUACAAAGGCAUCAUAGCAUGGAAGGGCCACCAAAACGCUCUAGCACAUCUUCCAGUGGCUCUGUCCGCAGCCCCAGAUCCUUUCGGUCUGAAGGGUCAGCACACAAAUCUGAAACAAAAUACAUUGAGAAGACUUCCCCAACUGCUGACACCAUCCUCACUGUGACUCCAGCUGCUGCUAUCUUGAGAGCAGAAGCUGAAAAGAUUCGCCAGUACACAGAGCACCGGCACUCUUAUCCAGGCUCACAUCAGUCUGAGCAACAGCAGCAGCAGCAACAACAGCCUCUUCCUCAGCAUGAAAACAUGGGAGUGCGUAAAACUUCAAUAUUGGAACCUUUAACCCGGCCCAGACCCAGGGAACUGGCUUAUUCCCAACUUUCACCUCACUACCACAACCUAAGCUAUUCCUCCAGUCCAGAAUAUACAUGCAAGCCCUCCCACAGUAUCUGGGAGCGUUUCAAACUCCACCGCAAGCGCCACAAAGAAGAAGAGUACAUGGCAGCCGGCCACGCCCUGCGCAAAAAGGUCCAGUUUGCCAAAGAUGAGGAUCUUCAUGACAUCUUAGACUACUGGAAGGGUGUCUCUGCCCAGCACAAGUCCUGA